ACAUUUGGUCUCAGCGCUCUUCUUGUUGCUUGUAUCUGGAGUUGUCAAAGGUGUAUUCAGUUGAGCGAUUUCAAUGAUCCUAGAAUUCUAGAAAACGCGAUUGUUUGGCGACUUGAUGGAGAAGAAUGGAUACGUUAUUUAAACUAUAUUCAUGGUCCCGAUCGACAGUGGAGAGCUGCUCCUUUAUCAUCUUUCUGUUGUCGACGUGCAUCUUAUGAACGAUUGAUGAAUCGUCAAUAUGGUCAUAUUAUCUUAUAUGAAAAUGGUUUCAUAAUCGACGAAUUAUAUUUGAUUUCAUUUCGAUUAUAUACUUUACUUGGUAUAGAAUUUCAAAAUUUUGGUCUACAUCCACCAACCUUAGGUUUAAGAUUUCGUACCUUUGUUCGAUCUGGCAAUAGUAGUCGAAAUGUAUAUUUUGAUUUAUUUGCACCAUCGUCCAUUUCACGGGAACAAUUAGGAGGCAUUGCUCAAUCAUACCAUAGAAACACAUCUGGAUUAAGUUUCUUUUGA